GAGCAAGCGAGAGGAGUCAGCUGGUCGAAAAGUGCAGGUUGAGAGCGGUGCAUGUGUGUUUGUGUGUGCGUGUGUGUGUGUGUACGUGAGUGUGUGUACGUGUGCAGAGGAGCGCACCUCCGGGGGGAACAAGGUGAAGGCGGCUGAACAGCGGACGGAGUUUUCUGGGUGGAAGCAGUUUGCGUGGAGCUCCAGACGAGGACGGACGAGGCGCGCCGGGUGCUGCUGCUGCUGCUGGACACGAUUCCUGAGCUGCGUGCUGCCCUCUGAUCACAGGUGCUGGUGAGACCAGAGGGUGCCAUUCCCUACAGAGGGAAUACUGAAGGAACACCAUGGCCUUAGCGGGAUGCCCUGACUACUUCUUACGUCACUCAAACUACCAGGAAAGCAUGGACCGCACUUCCUCUCGCAGGCCCGACGAGCUGAUUGUUCCAGGCUUUCAACGCUCAGCCAAUCAAAAUUUGCCACAUCACCAUGAUGACGACGUGGACCUGGAGCAGCUGGUGAAUGACAUGAACUCCUCCAUGGAGAGUGUGUACCCCGUGCAGGCAGACACGGCGCUGCUCCUGAACAACGGCCACGUGCACACUCCCGACCACCACCACCAACAUAUGCACCCUGCCUACCCGGGACACGGCCAGGCCCACCGUCGUCACACCCCGCCUCUGCGGCACUCUCAGCCCAUGCACAUCCAGGCCGUCAGGUGCCUGCAGGAAGAGCAUCAGCUGCGUCCAGCCUCCCUGCCCGCCAUCCCCAAUCCUUUCCCCGAGCUCUGCAGCCCAGCAAGCUCCCCCAUCCUCAGCCCCAUACAGAGCUCCGACAACCACAUAGUGAAGGUGUGGAGCGAGGAUGGGGCCGGUAAGGUGGUGGAGAUCCCGGCGGACAUGACGGCCAGAGAUGUGUGUCAGCUCCUGGUCUACAAGAGCCACUGUCUGGAUGACAACGCCUGGACGCUGGUGGAGCAUCACCCCAUCCUUGGCCUUGAGCGGUGUCUGGAGGACCACGAGCUGGUGGUUCAGGUUCAAGCCUCCAUGAGCAGCGACAGUAAAUUCCUCUUCAGGAAGAACUAUGCCAAAUAUGAAUUCUUCAGGAACCCCCUGAACUUUUUUCCAGAGCAGAUGGUGGCGUGGUGUCAGGAGUCUGAUGGCUCAAUCCCUCAGUCACAGCUCUUACAGAACUUUCUGAACUCCAGCAGCUGUCCCGAGAUCCAGGGUUAUCUGUACGUGAAGGAGCCCGGACGCAGGUCCUGGAAGAAACUCUACAUGUUCCUGCGACGCUCUGGGCUCUACUACUCCACUAAAGGAACAUCCAAGGAGCCUCGACACCUGCAGCUGCUGUCAGACCUGGAGGACAGCAACAUCUUCACCAUCAUCACAGGAAGAAAACUCCACAACGCUCCCACAGACUACCAGUUCUGCAUCAAGCCCAGCAAAGUGAGGAGUGACUGCAAGGAGCUGAAGAUGCUGUGUGCUGAGGACGAACAGAGCAGGACCUGCUGGAUGACUGCCUUCAGACUGCUCAAAUAUGGGAUAGUACUGUAUCAGAGCUACAACGGUCCCCAGCAGAGGAAGUCUAACCUCUCACCUUUCUCUGCUCCUGUGCGGAGUGUAUCUGAGAAUUCCCUGGUCGCCAUGGACUUUUCCGGGCGGACCGGACGCGUCAUCGACAACCCCGUCGAGGCUCAGAGUGCUGCCCUGGAGGAGGGACAGACCUGGAGGAAACGGAGCCAGCGUAUGAAUGUCCUGGGCAGCCCCAGCCCACUGCACCCAUCCUCUCUGAGCACAGUGAUCCACAGGACACAGGUGUGGUUUCACGGUCGCAUCAUGAGAGAGGAAGCCCACAAAAUGAUCAUCCAACAAGGCCAAGUAGACGGGUUAUUCCUGUUGCGGGACAGUCAGAGUAACCCCAAGGCAUUCGUGCUUACCUUGUGCCACCACCAGAAGAUCAAGCACUUCCAGAUCCUACCGUGUGAGGAGGACGGUCAGGUGUUCUUCAGCCUCGAUGACGGCACCACCAAGUUCACCGAUCUGAUCCACCUGGUCGAGUUUUAUCAGCUCAACAGAGGAGUGCUUCCCUGCAAGCUCAAACACCCCUGUACCGCCGUGGCCUUGUGACACUCCACACCCCCAACACUUCCACCCCUUUUUUGCACACCUCUCACCCUGAGAUCCCACCCCCCCAUCUGCCCCUCCCUCACCAACGCAAUGAGGUCGAGAAAAGUUAGGUCGAGAUUCGGGGAUGUGAACAACUCAGCUGGCACUGGUGGUUUGAUUUCUCCAGUGCACCGGUGCUUAUCUCCGCCUUACCACUGCUUGGAUGUUUGAAUGUGAACCGUUCAGACAGCUCAAGCGUGCAGAUUGUGGACCCAGCAGUCGCCCAACUCCUGCGAUGUUGUCAUGGAGACUCAAUUGUUUUGUCAUUGCCAUUUUGACCCUGGAGAGACACCAUACGUUAGCUAAGGUUCAGCAGGAGUGCUGCGGGUCUCCUGGAUGGAUACCUCCCUCAGAGUCCCUCACCCUUCAACUCUCCCUCCAGCCUCCCUCAUCCUCCAGGCCUGAUAAGCUGUGGUGCCCGCCCCACCCUCGCCCCUUCGUGGGCGGGGAGCGCCACCCUCUGACUUCCUCAUCAAUCAUCAGGGAUGGACGGGAACCUCUCUGGGUCUUAUCAAACUCGAUCCAGGAGUUUUCUCAACCUGUGCAGUCCAGUCUGGAUAAGCUGACACCCUGCCCCCCGCCUCCAACCCCAACACCCGAGCGAACUUGAUGCGGCCUCUCUGCUGUGUCCUGUCCCACAAUCCCUUGGUGCAACCCCGAUACCCGCCUCUCCUCCUCCACAGGAGCUCAGAGAAAAGUCGGGAGAGAAGAGAGAAGUAGCUAAAGGCAAGACGAGCAGAGCAGUGGAGGGUUUGCUGAAAGGACAGAGGAAUGUGUAUCAGGAAGGCUGAACGAGCCUCUCUUGUAGAGUUGAUUACUUGAUGUCAUUUUAAUGCUGUUUUAUUACUGUUGAUUCAAUGCAGAACUAGUUUUGCACUCCCGGGCGGACGGACGACAGCUGUUCCCUCUAGCUAAAUGAAGCUGCCUGCUCUCUGUUCGUCCUCCUCCUCCUCCAUCACCCCCCUUCUGAAAAGCAUGCAUGUGAAUUUCCAGCAGUUCUGAUUGGAUUACAGUGGCGUGGGAGCAAAGAGAAUCAGGGCUGAUUAUGCAGUGCCUUUCAGGAAGGUUUGGGGACGUCUCGGACCUCCAUGUGGCUCGAACCAACACGGCCACACUUUGGUGAAAACAACUGUGCGUCUCAAGACCAUAAGGAAGAGGAGGAAGACUGUUAAUAGACUCCUGAAAAGUGCGUCCACCCCAAGCUUCUCCCGUUUUUUAAGAUUUGAAAGGGUUACAUCUGUUGGUGAAUUUGUCUUUGAAUGUCAUUUUCUUUUCCUAAGUCUGUUCUGAGCUCACUGCUUGCACAUGUUGAUUAUUGAUUUGAUAUCGAUGGGUUGGAGCUGUCGUGUUCGGAUCCUGACCACUGUUCCCUCUCUCCACAAAAGACAAAUCAACAAAAGCACUCCCACAACGUUUUUCUUUUUGCUUGUUUUAGUAUGGAAUUGAUCAAAUGACUUGAAAUGUGAACUCAGUUGAUUGUGUGUCAGCAUGCAGUGGAACGAGAUUCACUCGCCUUAUGUGAAAGUUGGGAUCCUUGUGUAUGAAAUUGAAGCUAUACUUUAAUGCACAUACGGUAACGUAUUUCAGAUUUCAAGUGGGUGGAGUAACAUUGAGAGCGUUAGUGGUGAUCUUAAAUGGACAGUUUAACAUUUUUGGACUUUCUCACUUCCUUGCCAAGAGUUAGAUGCUCAGAGUGAUACCACUCAUGACUGUGCACAUCUGUACAGCUCAUGAGUUAACACAUUAUAUCUUGUAGAAACAAUUUGUGGUUUAUCCAGGGUUGUGUGCUCAGCUAUUGACAUGAUUUCCUAAGCUAAGCUAACCAGCUGCUAGCUGUACAGUAGCUUCAUGUUUACAGUGCAGAACACGAUGGACAUGAGUCUUAAACCUUGUUGUUUUAUCCUUAAAGGAAUUCUUCAGCUGCAAAGUGACAAUUCAUUACCUUUAAUUCAUGAAUUUGUUUUUCUGGUGUGCUUCCACGGUAAAAAAAACUUUGACCCUGAUUACUUCAAUUCAUGAUGAAUGUUCGCCUUUUUUGGAUUCUCCGUACACUGUGGAGGCAUUCUAGAAAAACAAAGUUUUCUUCACAAAUUUACAGUUUUGUGGGUGAAGUAUUCUUCUACCAUUUUUUAGUAUGUGUGAUCUUGGGUCCUCUCUCUUAUUGUACCAAAUAACUCAAGACAUGACAGUGGUAUCAGUCUGCUCAUCAGAGUCUUUGCAGUUUCCUAAAAUGUCAAACUGUUUUCCAAAAGUAAAAAUCAACUUGAACACGAUUUAGAAAACAGGUGUUGGUAAUGCAGCCUUGCAUUUCUGGGUCUGUUGUCUUGUUACGUGCUGCUGUAUGAAUCCUAUUUCUGCUGAUAACUGGCUAAACAACAACAUCACGUCCAGAUUUUUCCAGCAGCUGCAUGUUGCAGUUCAGUAACAUCAGUGUUGAACAGUCCUAGACUUCCAAACAGUGAGGGUGUCUUUCUUGAACAGCCACAACAAUCAAACAGGGAGAAACUCAUGUCGAUAGAAGUGGAGGAAGUCAUUUUCACACCAGCAGUAGCCUCAGUAGACCAGAAUGCCUUGAAGUCAUCAGGCGUGUCGUCAGUUAGUGUUAGUUUACUAUUUUAGAUUCAUUGAUUAGUCACCACAAAACUAUUUGGCAACUAUUUGGAUUUUCAGUAAUCUGUUUUUAAGAAAAAAUGCCAAAAAUAUAAAGGUUCCAGGUUUUCAGCGAGCAUGUGCUGCUUCUCUGCGUCUUUUAAGUAAGAUUUAAGUGAACUGAAUAUCUUUGGACCGACGGCCAGACAAAAGUUUUGUGACAUUUUAUUCACCAAACGAUUCCUCGAUUAAUUAAGAAAAUUAAAAAGCAAAUCUUUUGAUUUAAUGGUCCAUCUAUGUCCCAACCAAUAACCUGUAGUUACGAGCUUUCGGUAGUGACCGAAAGAAUGAGAUUGUGGAUACAAGCCGCUGAAAUGAGUUUUCUCCGUGGGGUGGCUGGGCUCAGCAUUAGAGAUAGUUUGAGGAGAUCAGACAUUCGGAGGGAGCUCGGAGUAGAGCUGUUACUCCUUGGCAUUGAAAGCGGUCUUGUUCACGAGUGAGGGUAGAAUGGAGCGUGAGAUGGAUCGGCGGUUUGGUGGGGCUUCUGCAGAGAUGCGGGCAUUGCGCUGGACCAUCCUGGUGAAGAUGGAGCUGAGCUGCAAGGCAAAGCUUUUGAUUUACUGGUCAAUCUACGUCCCAUCCCUCACCUAUGGUCAUGAGCUCUGUGUAGUGACCGAAAGAAAGAGAUCGUGGAUACAAGCGGCCAAAAUGAGUUUUCUCUGGUGUCUGGGCUCAGCCUUAGAGAUAGGGUGAGGAGCUCGGACAUCCGUAGGGAGCUCGGAGUAGAGCCGCUGCUUCUUCGCAUCGAAAGGGGUCAGUUGAGGUGGUUCAACAUCUGAUCAGGAUCCUCCUGGGUGCCUCUUGUUGGAGGUGUUCAGGGCAUGUCCCACUGGUAGGAGGCCCCGGGGCAGACCCAGAACACACUGGAGGGAUUACAUAUCUCAUCUGGCCUGGGAACACCUCGGGGUCCCCCAGGAGGAGCUGGAAAGCCUCACUGGGGAGAGCGACGUCUGGGGAUGCUUUGCUCAGUCUGCUGCCCUCAGAUAAGCGGUUGAAAAUGAAUGGAUUAAUAAUCUAGCUCGCUGAAUUUCUGCGGCCUCAGGCCUGUAUGUCAUUGAGAGCAGCAUGGUCAUGCCUAUUUCUGGUUGUUGUAGAAAAGCAUUCUGGGAGAUGAAGUGAAAAGUAGACAAAGCAGGUAAACUAUGCAAAGGUGGUCCAUCAGAAAAAUAGAGUGUGACACUUAAAUACUAAACAAAUCUAACUGAAAGCCAUCAGAUGUGAAGUGUCCGACUGCGGCACCCCCAAGUGGUACCAUAAAGAACGGCUGUUUGCACAUGCUAUAUUUCAUGGUGGUCUUAACACGGCAUCUGAGGACUGCCCUGUGGUCAUCCUUUUGUCUUGUCCUGCCCUCUCCUGCUGUUGUGUGACCAGCGAAUGAAAAUCCUACAGGCAUGUGACAUAACACCUGCUUAGCCUCACCUGCACCUCCGCUCCAUCCUGUGCCAGACUCACGGUGAACAGGGUUAGCACGGGGCCAUUAGACUCCCUCCCCUAACUAAACUCUCUCCAGGUAUUGUCGUUGACAUCACAAGCCACUGCCAUCGCCGCAGGUCAACCAAUCACAUGACUGUUGACUCAGCAGCUCUGCGCUCCUCCCGUCAGGCCUUUCUAGUCAGCCAGGGCAGACUCUCUCCAGGGAUUGGAUAAUGCUUGAACCCCCCGCCCCCCUCUCCCACCUGUGUCCAGCCUGUAAGCUAUGACCCUGUGGUGAAUAUGUGUGCGUGUAUGUGUGUGUGUGUGGAGGCCAGACUGUUAUAUUCACUCUUCAGGAUUGCUAAGUCUGCUGGUUAUCAUAACUUGCCUUUUAGAGACAGGAAGUUGCUUGUCGGCCGGGUAAAGUCGAGCUGAGCGGUGGGUUUAGAGGAGACAGGAGUUUGGCUGGAGGUAUCCCAGCAUGCCUCAGUCUUCAGCUGAGGUUCUUCCCUGUCUGUCAGAGAGGGACGCGAGGCCACAUGGGUCCUCUCCCUCUCCCUCCAUUUUUUAAUCACUGUGCUACAAUUCAAUCGUAUACACAAGCCCAAGUAUAUGAAUAUACCAGUAUACAGUAUCAUUUGUUUUCUAAGUAUGUGAAGCUAUGGAAGACGUAGAUCUAACACUGUACCUAGGUCACAGAUCACUAUGUAUGGGGCGUUAUGCUUUUGCUCAUAACUCCAUGUUAAAUGAAGAAUGAUUUAUUUAGUCCUUUUUUUCCAUUAUUUGAUUGUGUGUAUAUUGACAUCAUGUGUAUUUUCUUUGGUUUGCCACAAAAGGACCUUUUAUAUAUAUAUAAAUAUAAAUAUAUAUAAAAAGAAUAUACCACAGUAUAUACAGUAUUAAAUUAAGCUGUUUUUUCUUUAAGAGAUCAAACUGGAUUUUUGGCGUGUCAAAUUUCUGAACAUCACUUGUGUGUAUAAGCUGACAGACUGACAGAGUCUUCAACUCUGCCAGCAUUCGAUUCUGACGCCAUUUUGUUUCUCAAACCGCAUCUUUUGCAUAUUUCCUCUCUGUCACGUCUGAUUCCACACAUUUACUUUCAAGAAAACACUCCAGUAAAUGCUUGGACAUUGACCCUUCCAGGGCCGACGUCACAAUGACGUCAUUCUAUUAGCUGGAGGCAAAACACGACUUGUCACCACAGGGCUGUAGGCUACACAGGAGUGUUAAAAUGUGUUUGUCUUGUUGUGUUAUUGGGAGCCAGAACAGAAGGAGUCAUGGCUCAAAACCAGCCGCCACUGCCCGUCAACAAAAACAAAGACAACUAUGGUUAAAUGUAGGGCUGCCACUAACGAUUAUUUUCAUUGUCGACUAAUCUGUCGGUUAUUUCUUUGAUUAGUCGACUAAUCAUUUCAUCGAAAAAUGUGUUAAAAUGUUGAAAAAUGUCGGUCUGUCUCGCCCAAACCCCAAAAUUACGUCAUCUAAUGUCUUGUUUCAUACUCACGCCAAAGGGUUUUAGUUCACUGUCACGGGAGAGUGUGUAAAGCUGCCAAUAUUUGAACAUAAGAAGCUGCAGUAAGAGUAUUUUGGGGUACUUUUAUAGUACUUUUCUAUGAAAAAUGACUCAAACCGAUUAGUCGACUACUAAAACAGUCAUCGAUUAUUUUAAUAGUCGAUUAGUCAUCGAUUAGUCGACUAAUCGUGGCAGCCCUAGUUAAAUGUGAUAAGACCAAAGGACUGGACGGAGGCCAUCAUCAAAAAUGCUCACAUGUGCAGCGCACACUUCAUAUCAGGUUAGGGAAAAAGUAUUUCCUGUUGUAGGGAUGAAUAAGGUUAUGUGUAUUAAGGGUUAUCAUGUCCACCUCAUCAGAAACUGGGGAGGGAUUAAGAGGAAGAUUGGAUUUCUCUGCAACGCUAACUUUUUAGCACAUUAGCUAACGUUAGCUUCCAUAGCAAAACAAACAAGUGUGGUCCUCCUUUGUAAGAUUGGCUUCCUGUGACAUCAUCCAUCCACUGAGUGAGAGCAUACGGGUCGGGCAGUCUGGUCCCGUUGGUCAGUGUUUACUUAUUCAAGUAACACUGGCGGUCCCGGAGAGUGAGUGACCUGACAUGGUGCGUUGGUAAAUUCAGUCUGAUGCUCUACACUAAAAUGAGAGCCCUGUUGGUGGAAGAAACGCAGCGUUAUAUUUCUACAUGAAUGAACCAACGGUUAAGUUAAUCACACAUUCACUCCGCUCGGCGCUCUGCUGCUCCGUCUCCACAGACAGAGUGUCCAGAGUGCGCUCUGCCACUCUGAGAGUGCGCUGCUCUGGAUAACCCAACGCUACAUUCACACAGCGCUCCCAAUUUAUCAACGCUCCAGUUUGCGUCAGAGUGCGCUCCCACACUCACAAUGAGUGUUUCUGAAUGCACCACUCACAUCAUCUUCCUCCAUCGUCUAAAACAGAACUUGCUAGUGCUAGCUAAUGUCGGUGGAGAAUUGUUUUGCCUCCAGCUAGGCCCCGCCCACCAAAAAUGUCACUGUUUACUAACAGUAGAAGGGUCUAUCAACCUUACACACACACACACACACACACACACACACCACCGCUUCACCCUUGGGGAUAUUCUUAGCAGCCUUUUGUAAAUCAUCACAAGUAGUGCAAUUAUCCGCUGUAGCUAACGAGGGUUGCUCAUUUCACGUUGUCCAUUUACUCUGAUUUUACGGUGCAUAACAAAGUUUUAUAAUUCUGUUUCUUAAUAAGCCUAUUCUUGCAGCAGGUGCCUCUUGUUUGCGAACAAGUCCUUAGUUGCCAUCCGUCCACUCACUGCGCUCAUGUACAGUUAGCUGCGACUGUGAAACCCACUGGAACAAAAUGCUAACAUCAGGUCAACAUGGCUCACCAGUCCCAUCCACAGCGGUGGCUCAGUGUAGGUGCAGGUGACUCUGUGUUUUAAUUUUGGGUUGAAGUCAUCAUAAGCUGAAGUCAAAUAGACAUUUCAGGGAAAGAAAAAAAAAAAAAGCGCAAAUGAACCGUAAUCAC